AAAGUAAAAAAGAAAAAGAAAAAGUUAACACCUCGCCCGCUCCCCCACCUUACCUCUUUGUCCACAAUUUUUAUUUAUUUUUUUUCCCUAACACUUUGGUUUUGGAAUUUGGAUCAUCAAUUCAAUUCAAUUCAAUUCAAACCAACACCGAAAGAAAAGAUGAUAGAGUGACAGAGGCUGUCUAUCUACCUAUCUAACCCUUUUCUUCUAUUUUUCGGUUAAAUAAAUAUUUUCUUGUUAUCUUUCUGUGGAUCCAUCUCCAUUUCCCCGCUCGGCUCCAUUCUUUUAUCGAUUUGUCUGUGUGUUUUCUUGAUUUUUAAAUUAGGGUUCCGGUUUCUUUAGAUGGAGCCUCGUGUUGGUAAUAAGUUCAGGCUGGGUCGGAAGAUCGGCAGCGGUUCCUUUGGAGAGAUCUAUCUAGGUACUAAUAUCCAGACUAAUGAAGAAGUCGCCAUUAAGCUCGAGAACAUCAAGACAAAACAUCCUCAGUUGCUAUAUGAAUCCAAGUUAUACAGAAUCCUGCAGGGAGGGACUGGGAUUCCAAAUGUGAGGUGGUUUGGAGUUGAGGGAGACUAUAAUGUCCUAGUGAUGGAUUUGCUUGGACCUAGUCUUGAAGACCUCUUUAACUUCUGCAGUAGGAAACUCUCUUUGAAGUCAGUCCUUAUGCUUGCUGAUCAGAUGAUCAAUCGUGUCGAGUUCGUCCACUCGAAAUCAUUUCUGCAUCGAGAUAUUAAGCCAGACAACUUUCUCAUGGGCUUGGGAAGGCGUGCAAAUCAGGUAUACAUCAUCGACUUUGGUCUGGCAAAGAAAUACAGAGAUAGUUCAACCCAUCAACACAUUCCUUACAGGGAAAAUAAAAAUUUGACUGGAACUGCUAGAUAUGCAAGCAUGAACACUCACCUGGGCAUUGAGCAAAGCCGGAGGGAUGAUCUAGAAUCACUUGGUUAUGUCCUUAUGUACUUCCUGAGAGGAAGCCUUCCGUGGCAGGGACUAAAGGCUGGAACUAAGAAACAGAAGUAUGAGAAAAUUAGUGAAAAGAAGGUCUCUACUUCAAUUGAGGCCCUUUGUCGUGGUUAUCCAACUGAAUUUGCCUCUUACUUUCAUUAUUGUCGUUCACUUCGAUUCGAUGAUAAGCCAGAUUAUGCUUAUUUGAAGAGAAUAUUUCGUGAUCUCUUUAUUCGUGAGGGCUUCCAGUUUGAUUAUGUCUUUGACUGGACAAUAUUGAAGUAUCAGCAAUCACAGCUGGCUAAUCCUCCAACUCGUGGCAUUGGCCCUGGUGUUGGAACUAGUUCUGGCAUGCCUCCUAUUGUCAGUGCAGAUAGACAAACAGGUGGAGAAGAAGGGCGAGCAGUUGGCCAGUCAAUGGACUCAUCUCGCCACAGACUAUCAGGACCAAUCUUAAAUGCUGGAAGCUAUUCAAAGCAGAAGAGUCCAGUUGCUAAUGAUUAUCCAAUUACUAAGGACGCUGUGUUACCCAGCUCUACUUUUUUGGGGCGAUCAAGUGGAUCCGCAAGGCGAGCUGCAGGUGUUUCCAGUAGCCGCGAUGUAUUUGCUGCUGCAAGUGAGUCUGAUCCCCAAUGGUCUCGCAUAACUGAUGCAAGCCCAGGAGCAAUACACAAAAUUUCUAGUGGGCCAAGAAGUCCUCUUGGAUCUUCAGACCCCAGGCGCACUUCAUCAAGCAGAAAUACCACUCACAUGAAGACCUAUGAAACCACCCUUAAGGGAAUUGAGAGUCUGAAUUUUGAUAGUGAUGAGAAGGUUCACUAUUAGGUGCUCAGCACUGUGCAUUGUUGUAAAUCAUGAAUGUACUGUUGUGCUGUUACACUCAAGUAGGAUAGUUUAUUCUCAUGGAGCUAAAAGAGUUUGAAAGAAGGGGCUCCGAGCCUGGAUCACUCAGGAUUUCAAUUUAUCCACUAAACGUGUCAGCAGAUUAUAUGGAAACAGGCCUGGGAAGCUGGAUUCAAUUACAGCAAACAGUUUGGUCGACAGCUGCUGAGUGUAUUCAGUCAGUUGUGGUACACUUUUCCCAAACACCUCCAACAAACACCUGGGCCCGGAUUCCUGCUCUCUUGUUAAUCUAUACAUUUUACUAUUUUUAUUUUUUAUUUUUUUGUUGCUUUGUCCCAAAUUUGAAACUUGAUGGGAGUGAAAUCGACCAUUGUAUUCUCGUUCAGUUCUGAAAAACUAAAAAACUGCUUUAAGCUCA